AUCUAGCGGUUCUGUCGGUUUGUUCGCUUCCUAGUUCUCGUCCCGGAGUCCCGCGGAGUCAUCCGACGAGCAGUGGUUUCGCGUUCCGUCUUUCUUCUUUCGGAAGUUGGCGAAGAUAUUUAUUGUGUUGGAAGUUUGCGCGAAGACGACGACGGAGAAUUGAAGCAAUUACGGAAGCAGCAGUGAGCGAACUGUUAUUCAGCCAACCUACAGUUUUGUUUGGGCUUGGUGGGAAAGGUUGUGACCUCUCCCUAUCUACGGUUUCUGGUGACGGGAAUGAAGAUUGGAGGGCUUUGACCAGGAUUUACGGGGAAGAAUUCCACUCCGAUGCGAUUCUGAAGCAGUUCAGCGGAAAGAAACGUGUCGUUCUCAGUUUGUAUAUAGUUGUGGUAUUUCUCUCGCUCUAUAAUGGGAUUCGUUUGAAGAGUUAAUUGAAGCUUUGAAGAUAAGUGAGGAAAGUUGAUAAGAAAGUGUAGAAACAAAUCGCCUGCCGCGGGAAUACACAUUAGAGAGCAGCAGCGAACGCGUAAAGUUGAAGUCAGAUGUGCAAAAAGCCAAAUUUAAAAGGUUGUGCAAGUGCUAUUCAGCUUCGCUGCGAAGAAUAGACGGAGAAACGACCGACGACAGUCGUCGUCGUCGUCAUCGGGUUGAUCUGUUGUGAAAAUGAGCGCAAAGGAAGAGUGCGAAAAUUUCCGAUCAGAUCAAACAGACCAGUAGCCAGCGGCAGCAGUAAAAAAAGAACGAAAUUUUCAUGAAAAAUGGAUAGGUUCAAUGACACGAGAGUGAGAAGCAAACACACAAGCUCAGCAGUGAAAAGAAAGAAAAAAGCAAAUAAGCUUUGAAACCAAUGUGGAAAAGUGCAUCGACGGCUCCCGAAAAGAUCCAAUGCGAUCCUGAGAAGAUGUAAAACCAAACGAAUUCAACUGAUACUCAGUGUGCGAUAAUAUUUGUCCAAGUGAUUAGAAGAAGCUGGAUACGAGGCUUCAUCGCAGUGAGCGGUGUGCUAUGAGUGCACCCUAAAAACCACAAGCCUUCUACGAUCUGUGUGUUAUCCCCCAAGGGGAAAGUUCGGUUUCAAGCCCGACACGUGUGCCCAACUGUGCUGGUGACGUUCACGGAAAAAAAAUAGUUUAUUUAUGCAAACCAAUAUCAGUCAGAUUUAUAAAUAUUUAAUCACUACCUGUUUAAACAUACAAGAAAAACGACAACUGUAAUAAUUACUGCCCCGAAAAAAAAAUAUAAAACAAAUUGUUCGGCUCACUGCAUGCGUGUGUGAUUAAACCAAACGGAAUAUCAACGAGCCCGAAAAGGAAAAAAAAAAAGAGCACGGCAUCAACGCAACAAAUCGAACGGAAUGAAGUCCCGUGUUUAAUUAAAAUCGAAAUUUACAUAAAUUCACAGGAUCUGCCACAAUCGUAGGAGUUAAUUGGAUACGUAAACACUGGAGGAGCAUUGCUCGGUUCGGAAACCGGCGUGGUGUUUGCUUUCGUAGAGACGAGAACGUGUGAUAAGCGGAUUACCGCGGAAGGGGAAGUGUUUUGUGAACUCGCGACCCGUUGACGUUAUCCACACGGGAGCAAACCGUUGGGGUGGGUCGUGAAAAGUGAAGAUUCGUGCCAUCAUCCUAGUCUCUUGGAGUGGUUUGACUAGUCGCGAGGGUUAUAGAAAUUGUACAGUGCCCCGGAGCCGCUUCGGGGCGUCAACGCGUGUUUCCAGAGUGCGUAUUCUUCGUCUAGUCGACACUAUUCGACCACCGGAAGCCAGCAGUCGGGCAGUUAAGAUGACUGUGGAAUGCAUUGAGGACUUGUAUCCUACCUAAUCCCGAAGUUUGAGUUGGACGAUUGUGUGAGUGCAGGGCACUCCGGAAGUGACGAUUUUUUAAAACGGAUUUUCAAGGACGUUAGCGUGGAAGUAACCAAAAGCAGUGAGCAAGAGUGUGUGUGCGAGUGAUCGAGGGAAGUAAGAGGGCGUGUGUGCGAAUCAGCUGAGCGAUCGACAAGUGAUGGAUAGCGAAUUCACCGAGUUCUUCAACCAGACCUGGAAUAGUAAAUUUCAAGGCAACCGAGCAGUUCUCAACGGUGGCGAUGGGGGAGAUACGACGGGUGGCGGUGGAGGAGGACCAACCGGAAGCGGUCUUGGCAUAUUUAGCGGAGCUUCCGCAGCAGCUAUGGCUGCUGCUCCAAAGCUUUCAUCGAGAUUGACUCAACCGCCUCCGCAGCAUCAACAAACGCAGCAGAACUCUCUAGCCAACAACUCCUCCUCCGGUGGAACACAGAACAACAGCAGUUCCAUGCUCGCCGACACCCGGCACUUUCUCAACGAGAUCGCCAACAGUCACAAGAGCCUGCAACAGCUCCACCAGCAACAUAAUCAAAACAAUAGAAACCUAUUUACAACCACAAGCAUAGCAGCUGCCGCAACGACUGAAUUACGUGAUACAAAUCUAGGGCCUUUAAGAAAUACCAGUAGUAGCAGUAGCAGUAGUAAUACCAACACUAGUAGCAGUAACAACAGUAGUAAUAGUCUGAACAACAAUAGUCAUAGCUUUACUCGUGAUACCCGAGAGUUCCCGAAGCUCAGCCAUAGACUGAUGCAGCCGUUGAACGGCGUCGAAGGCGGAACGUCCUCCGGUGGGGGCACCGCCGCUAGUGCCACUGCCACCGCCAGCAACGCUCGGCACCAAUCCUCUUCUUCGUCGACAGCCACCGGUACCGGUACCGGUACCUCCAUGAUGAAUCAGCAGGAUUUCCAAGCGUUCUGCUCGUCGCUGACGGCGGCGGCCGCUUCCGGGGAUCUGGCCGAUAGCACCACUCCACCGCCGCAGGCGGCUAAUGGAGGUGGUGGAUCGUCAUCCGGGUCGUCACUCAGUAGCAACAGUUUGCUGGCGGCAGCUGCGGCCGUGGCUGCCGCUGCAGCCGGUGGCGAUCUGGGGUCCGGGGAUCUGCUGGGACUGGGCGGAGGACAUCCGCACGAGAAGAAGCCACCCAAUUCGAUUCGAGCGCAAAUCGAGAUCAUCCCCUGCAAAGUGUGCGGCGACAAGUCGUCCGGCGUCCACUACGGUGUGAUAACCUGCGAGGGAUGCAAGGGCUUCUUCCGGCGGUCGCAGAGCUCCGUCGUCAACUACCAGUGCCCCCGGAACAAGCAGUGCGUCGUCGAUCGGGUCAACCGGAAUCGGUGUCAGUACUGCCGGCUGCAAAAGUGCCUAAAGCUGGGAAUGAGCCGCGACGCGGUCAAAUUCGGUCGGAUGUCCAAAAAGCAGCGGGAAAAGGUCGAAGACGAAGUGCGGUUUCACCGAGCGCAGAUGCGAGCCCAGAGCGAUGCGGCGCCCGACAGUUCCGUAUUCGACACCCAAACGCCCUCGAGUAGUGACCAGCUCCACCACGGUGGCUACAACGGAUAUGCGUACAACAAUGAAGUUGGCUAUGGCAGUCCGUACGGCUAUUCGACGUCCGUUACACCUCAGCAGACGAUGGGCUACGACAUCUCGGCAGAUUACGUGGAUAGUACAACAACUUAUGAACCUAGAAGUACGAUAAUAGACUCAGAUUUCAUAAGUGGACACAACAAAGACGGCUCACCAAAUCAUCGAGCAAUAACGCUGAACGACAUUCGUUUGGCACGAGUUCAACAGACUGCAACGACCACCUCCAGCAGCGGCAAUCCCACUGGAGGCGGUGUUCAACAACCCCAACCGCAACAACCAGGUCAACAGCAGCAGCAGCAGUUGGCCCAGCAACAGCAGAAUCCAAAUCAGCAAACAGCAAUAACCACGCUCCAGAGUCAAACCUCCGGCACCGCUAACAACAACAAUAACAACAGCACAAAUAGUACAAUUAUCACCAUCAAGCAGGAGCAGCUGACGAGCGUGGACAGUCUGGUGGGAAGUUUCGUAGACUCGACGACCUUCCUGCCUUCGCCAACCAGUCAACAGCAGCAGCAGAUGGUCAAUCCCAACAUGCUGCCGACUGCUGCUGGCACUACCGGACCCACCGGUAUGUCCCAAACCGUUGUCUCCGGUUCAGACGUGACAACAGGUAACAGCAUAAGGCGUAGCGACUGUUGCCAGCAGAAUCCGGUGUCCUCGGUUGGCAAUGGUGGCUCCAACGGAGGAGCUGGGGCAGGUGGAGGCGGCGGUGGAGGAGGGGUCGAUGCUAUUGGUGGGUUGCCCCACUCGCACCACCCCAGCCAGAACACUCCGGUUUCGUUCGGCGAGGACGACAGCUCCUGUGAUUCGCACAGCAAAUGGGCCGAAGGCGACAUCAACGACGUGUUGAUAAAGACCCUAGCGGAAGCGCAUGCCAAUACCAACCACAAGCUGGAAAUUGUGCACGACAUGUUCCGAAAGUCGCAGGACGUCACCCGCAUUCUGUACUACAAAAACAUGAGCCAAGAGGAGCUGUGGCUAGACUGCGCGGAGAAGCUGACGGCCAUGAUCCAGCAGAUCAUCGAGUUCGCCAAACUGAUACCGGGCUUCAUGCGGUUAAGUCAAGACGAUCAGAUUCUCCUGCUCAAAACGGGCUCGUUCGAGCUGGCGAUCGUGCGCAUGUCCCGACUGAUGGAUCUCUCAACCAACUCCGUCCUGUACGGGGACAUCAUGCUACCGCAGGAGGUGUUCUACACGUCCGACUCGUUCGAGAUGAAACUGGUGGCGUGCAUCUUCGAGACGGCGAAGAGCAUCGCCGAGCUGAAGCUGACCGAGACGGAGCUGGCGCUCUAUCAGAGUCUGGUGCUGCUGUGGCCGGAACGGAAUGGCGUCCGAGGCAAUACGGAGAUCCAGCGGUUGUUCGAGAUGAGCAUGUCGGCCAUACGGCAGGAGAUCGAGGCGAACCACGCGCCGCUCAAGGGAGACGUGACGGUACUCGAGAUUCUGCUGAACAAAAUCCCAACCUUCCGCGAGCUCUCCAUCAUGCACAUGGAAGCGCUGCAAAAGUUCAAGCAAGACCACCCGCAGUACGUAUUCCCGGCGCUGUACAAGGAGCUCUUCUCGAUCGAUUCCCAGCAGGACCUAAUGACAUAACAGGAUCAACCCCCACAACCGCAGCCAGCACUACCAGUAGCAUCCGCAACAACAACAACAGCUGUAUCCCAACAUCCAACCCAGCAGCAGCAGCUUCCAAAGCAAGAGCAAACCUCAGACCUCGUGCCGCUAUCUGUGUCG